AUGCAGUACUGUGCUGAGACUUUUUAUUCCCUUUUCUUUGUGUCUCGAUCAGGCGAGGUAAGACCCGUUAAGAUGUUUGAGCGGACAGCAAACUUGAACGGCUGUGAGAUAAUCAACUACCAGAGUGAUCCCUCUGGCAAAUGGCUCGCUUUGAUCGGCAUCGACCGUGAUGAUCCUGAACGUCCACAACUCGUCAAGGGAAAUAUGCAGCUCUUUUCCGUGGAUGAGCAAAAGAGUCAGGCAUUGGAAGCGCACGUAGCUGCGUUUGCCUCUGUGAAGAUGCCAGGAAACGACACUCCUUCCCUUGUCAUUGCGUUUGCCACCAAGACUAUCACUGACGGACAGCGUAUAUCAAAGUUGCAUAUAACGGAGCUUGGUGAUCAACCAGGUCGUGUUCCUUUCACUAAGAAGCUGGCCGACCUGUUUUUCCCAGCAGCUUUCGCUGAUGACUUUCCAAUUGCCAUGCAGGUGUCAGCGAAGUUCGGUCUGGUAUAUGUCGUCACCAAGCUAGGCCUGCUCUUUGUGUAUGACCUUGAGUCUGCUACAGCCAUCUACCGCGAUCGCAUCAGCCCCGACCCCAUCUUCCUGGCAGCCGACGCUCCCAGCGUGGGCGGUGUUUACGCCGUGAAUCUCUGCGGCAAGGUUCUGCUAGCCACGGUGAACGAGCAGACCAUUGUCCCGUUUGUCAGCGGCCAGCUCAACAAUCCGGAGCUCGCAAUCAACCUUGCUCGCCGCGCGAACCUCCCUGGUGCCGAGAAUCUGGUGUCGAGGAGUGGUGGCCAAAAGGACGUGGUAGUGGCCGAAAAGAGCGUGGGGAGCCAGUCACCAGCAGUAGCGGGGCGAAGCGGGGAGAAGGGGCGUCGAUUUUCCCUGGGGUCGUGGUUUGGGGAAGUGAAUUUGGGGUCGUGGUUCCGCUCGCAGCCCGGUUCUUCCAAUUCGGUCGACCGGACCGCCACAGCCAUUACUCACCAGAGCCUAGCCAAGAUGGGAAUGGAGGACGGGGAACUGCUGCGUAUCGCACCUGCGUACACGCCAUGCGCUUUCGAAGGGGAGUCGCCUGGGCCCCGGUGCGGUCACACGCUUACCGCCGUCGCGCCUAUCGGAGAGCCUGGCAGCACAAACUACAUCGGUCCGCGACUUAUCCUCUUUGGCGGAGCAGCGGCGUUGGAGGGAGGCGCAGGUCCCGCGGCAGGAGCAGCAGCCUUAAAACUGGCCGGAGCCACGGCAGACGUGCAUUGCUUCGACGUCAACUCGCAGUCAUGGAGCAAGCUGUCCCCUGUUGGCGAGCCUCCCUCCCCGCGAGCAGCGCAUGCGGCGGCGGCGAUGGGCACGAUGGUGGUGAUUCAGGGCGGGAUAGGGCCGACAGGGCUCGCCACUGACGAUCUGCAUGUGCUGGACCUGACUCAGGCUCAACCCAAGUGGCACAGAGUGGCGGUGCAAGGAGCUGGCCCUGGGCCUCGAUAUGGUCACGUCAUGGCGGUCGUGGGGCAGCGCUAUCUUCUGUCCAUCAGUGGAACCGACGGCUUUUGGACGCUGUCGGACGUGUGGUCACUGGACAUGACAGUGAAGCCGUACGAGUGGAAGAAGCUGGACCCAGAGGGCAUUCGCCCGCCGCGCCGCAUGUAUGCCACGGCCAGCGUCAGGCACGACGGGCUGCUGCUGCUAUGCGGCGGCAGAGACGGCAGUGGCGUGCCUCUACCCGGGGCGUUUCUCUUGGCUCGGCGUCAAGAUGGCGUGUGGGAGUGGGCUGUGGCGCCUGGCGUGUCCCCCUCGGCGCGCUACCAACACGCUGCUGUGUUUGUGGGGCUGCGCCUGCACGUCUCUGGAGGAGAGCUGGGGGAAGGGAGGAUGGUGGAAGACGCUUCCAGUGUCGCCGUUUUCGACUCAGCGGCAGGCGAGUGGUGUGAUCGCAAGGCCAUAGUAUCAUCCGCCCGUACCGGCCGCUACAGUGCCGACGUGCCGGGCGGCGACGCGUCCUCCGAGCUCACCCGCCGCUGCCGCCACGCCGCCGCCUCGGCCGGCAAUAUUAUCUUUGUGUACGGCGGGCUGCGGGGCGGCAUUGUCUUGGACGAUCUGCUCAUUGCCGAUGACACGCCCCCCGAGCAGCUGACCCUGCCGCCCUCCGCGGGUGCGCCGGCCAAGGAGCCUGUGUCUGGGUCGGCACGCAAGCCGCCCAUGGUGGAGAUGGAUGUAGCACAGCCAUAUGUAAAAGAGAUGGCAAGCAAGCACCAUCCGCAUCUCGUGCGUCUGUUGGGCUAUUGCAUCGACUUUGACCCGUCCACACGAACAAUGGAGCAGCUUCUUGUCUAUGACCUUAUGCCCAACGGCGACCUCAAUCGUUGGAUCGGUCCCGUGGUCGUCAUGGGGCGCGAGGCUGUGCAUGUGAUAAAAUAUAUUUUCUUUGAUGAUGCACUUAUGCUUGGCUUGCAGUUUUGGCGUGGUGAUGCUGGUGGUUGUAACGGGGCGCAAGGCUGUGCUUGUUAUAGAGGACGAUCACGUCAAUAUCAAGAGAUGGGUGAGACACAGGUCACAAUGGGUGAGACACAGGUCACAGUGGGUGAGACACAGGUCACAGUGGGUGAGACACAGGUCACAGUGGGUGAGACACAGGUCACAGUGGGUGAGACACAGGUCACAGUGGGUGAGACACAGGUCACAGUGGGUGAGACACAGGUCACAGUGGGUGAGACACAGGUCACAGUGGGUGAGACACAGGUCACAGUGGGUGAGACACAGGUCACAGUGGGUGAGACACAGGUCACAAUGGGUGAGACACAGGUCACAAUGGGUGAGACACAGGUCACAGUGGGUGAGACACAGGUCACAGUGGGUGAGACACAGGUCACAGUGGGUGAGACACAGGUCACAGUGGGUGAGACACAGGUCACAGUGGGUGAGACGCAGGUCACAGUGGGUGAGACACAGGUCACAGUGGGUGAGACGCAGGUCACAAUGGGAGCAGUGGCAGAAUUCAAGGACCCUCACUUGGAAGCACCGGAUGAUGUGGUGCUGCGCUUGGCUCGCCUUGCCCUCUCCUCCACUGCUCUGCCUGGGGUUUCCCGUCCCUCCAUGCUCCUAGUGCUGGCUGAGCUGGUGAGGAUAAAGCAGGAGAUGUUCGGGGUGCAGGUGAGCACGGAGGUUUCUGGCAUCGACACGGAAAUUGGAGGCUCUGAUGACUACUCUGACUUCAGUGCUGAAAUGGCCCGCGCGAUUCAAGCGGCUGUUAGUGGUGGCUCCUCAACUAGCAUGCCAUAG